GGCGGCGGCGCUCCGGCCAUACCCGCAGGCAGUCGGGCGGGCGAGGGAGGCCUUGGCGGCUCCGUCUCCCGGGAAACGGACGGCGAGGAGCGGACGAGGCAGGCGGGCCUCUCUGGCUGGGGGAAGCGAGGGCGCAGCGCCGCCUGCCGGCUGUGGCGGGGAGGGCGAGGGGCGGGGCACCGUGCCCUCUGCGUGCGUGACGCCGCCACUUCCGCCUGGGAGACGUGGCUCGGAGCUGCCAUCUUGUGUGGCUGGCAGACGGGCAGGCGGGCGGGCGGAGCCGAGAGACCCUCAGGCCAGGCCGGGAGGGACGCGGACGAGGGAGGAGACGCCGCCGCCGCCGCCAUGGUGCUCUUGGCAGCUGCCGUCUGCACGAAAGCCGGGAAGGCGAUUGUCUCGCGCCAGUUUGUAGAGAUGACACGGACUCGCAUUGAGGGGCUGUUGGCAGCCUUCCCUAAGCUCAUGAAUACAGGGAAGCAGCACACGUUUGUGGAGACUGAGAGCGUGCGCUACGUCUACCAGCCCAUGGAGAAGCUGUACAUGGUCCUGAUCACCACCAAAAACAGCAACAUCCUGGAGGACCUUGAAACUCUCCGGCUCUUCUCUAGAGUGAUACCAGAAUACUGCAGAGCUCUGGAGGAGAACGAGAUCUCUGAACACUGCUUUGAUCUGAUAUUUGCCUUCGAUGAGAUUGUUGCCCUUGGGUACCGGGAAAACGUCAACCUGGCCCAGAUCCGCACCUUUACGGAGAUGGACUCCCAUGAGGAGAAGGUCUUCAGAGCUGUCCGUGAGACGCAGGAGCGUGAGGCCAAGGCAGAGAUGCGCCGGAAAGCCAAGGAGCUGCAGCAGGCCCGCAGGGAUGCUGAGCGCCGGGGCACCAAAGCUCCGGGCUUUGGUGGUUUUGGGAGCUCAGCUAUGUCGGGAGGCAGCACAGCUGCCAUGAUCACCGAAACCAUCAUUGAGACAGAGAAACCAAAAGUGACUCCAGCACCUACCAGGCCGUCUGGUUCAAAUAAGGCACUCAAGCUUGGUGCAAAAGGGAAGGAAGUAGACAAUUUCGUAGACAAGCUAAAGUCUGAAGGAGAACAUAUAGUCACAUCUUCUGUUGGCAAACGGUCCUCAGAAGCAGCUGCUGUUCUUGCUCCACCCAUUAACAUGGAGAGUGUGCACAUGAAAAUAGAGGAGAAGAUCUCACUGACCUGCGGCAGAGAUGGGGGGCUGCAGAACAUGGAGCUGCAUGGCAUGAUCAUGCUGCGGAUCUUGGAUGAAAAGUUUGCCCGGAUCCGCAUCCACGUUGAGAAUGAGGACAAGAAGGGAGUGCAGCUCCAGACUCACCCCAAUGUUGACAAGAAGCUUUUUACAGCAGAGUCCCUGAUUGGCCUGAAGAACCCAGAUAAGUCUUUCCCCACAAACAGCGAUGUGGGAGUGCUGAAAUGGCGGCUGCAGACGACAGAGGAGUCUCUCAUUCCACUAACAAUUAACUGCUGGCCAUCAGAGAGCGGGGGUGGCUGCGAUGUCAACAUUGAGUAUGAGCUGCAAGAGGAGAACCUGGAGUUAAAUGAUGUGGUGAUCGCCAUCCCCUUGCCGUCUGGUGUGGGUGCUCCUGUGAUUGGGGAGAUUGAUGGCGAGUAUCGCCAUGACAGCCGGAGGAACAUCCUGGAGUGGUGCCUGCCUGUGAUUGAUGCCAAAAACAAGAGUGGCAGCCUGGAGUUCAGCAUCACUGGGCAGCCCAAUGACUUCUUCCCUGUGCAUGUUUCCUUUGUAUCCAAGAAGAACUACUGCCACAUCCAGGUUACCAAAGUGACCCAGGUAGAUGGGAACAGUCCCGUGAAAUUUUCCACAGAGACCACCUUCCUUGUGGACAAGUAUGAGAUUCUGUAGCCCUUGCUCCAGGGAAGUGACAAGCAAGACUUCAAGGCUGUGCUCUCUUGGAAGGUGGCCGCAGCCCUUUCCAUGUCAGGCGACACUGACAUGUUCGUUUGCCCACCGAUAUUCCCAAGGUCACAGCCAAUCAGGCAGGGAGAGGCCACUUGCUUCUCUGGCUCAGCUGGCCUCCCCACUCUGUAGGCUCUCUCCUCCUGUGCUUUAAUUCACAGUGACUUCCCCUCACCCCUUUCCCCCAGGACACCCCUUUUUGUUGCUGGCCACUUACUCUGAUGGGAGUGGAGUAGCUGUUGCACCCAGCAUCAGUCAGGGGAGAACAGCAUGGCUCCUAACAAGCUCUAACCUGGCAGAAAGCAGAGGUCAGCCCCUGUCACUCCCUGCCCCUUACCUGUACCAAGGGCUGGCACUUCCUUCCCUGAUGCCAUGGAGCCCCUGCCAAUCCUGACCUGGGAGAGGAGGGUGUGGAGGGAACCUUUGGCCACUGCUCCUGACUCGGUCCAGUUCUGGACUCUUGCCUGAAGACCAGUCGCUCUCUCUGAUCAAGCUGCUACCCAUCUGGAGGAGGAGGAAGCAGUGUCUCUGGCCUUUCUUGCCUGGGAACCCUUUGAAAUGGCCAUCAAUAGGGAGGAGUGGCAGGCACUGACUUCCCCAGUGGCUUUUGGCACGUGCCAGUUUGUGCCCACCUGUUAGAGAAGUCACCAGCUUCUCCCAUGUUGCCUCAUUGCUGAUGUGACCCUUUUCAAAAUGUCCUUGGGGUUGGGUGGGCUAGGCCUGUACCGUAGGAAGUAGCUAUGAAUCUUACUGAUCCAGCAGUGUUGAAGAGUUGUCCGUCUGAUUUUUAAAAUGGAGUUAAGUAUAGUUCCACCAAAGGAGGCUUUUUUUCUUAAAUGACAUGGAGGGGGGGAGAAGUGAUAUUUAAAUAAGAUUUUGUAACCCUGUAAAAUAAUGAGUUAGGGCCUAUAACACAUUCCAGUGUACACACAGAAUCCCUGCUCCUGAAUCCAAUAAAGAGUAUUCUGAAAGGA